CUCACAAUUCCACUGGCAUUCAAUCAAUGCAGACGUGAAACAGAGACAACCAACAAUCCAAGCUAAAGCCACAACUACUGAUCUCGUGCCAAGUGUAAAGUGACUCAAAUUAAUACUGUAUAUAUAAACAUAAGCAAAUCCCCGUUCAACUAUUUAUUCACUUCGAGUGCAGUGAACGAAUCAAACUCGUACAAUACUCAAAUAUUUAUAGACUCAUAAAACGAGAUGGCCCAAAGUGACUGUGGAAAGUUCUGUGAUGCUGCCACAGCUGAUGCAGAGUCCUGUUGCCAACGCCAGGCUGGAACAGUUUCAAGGCGAAAUACAACACCGAAAGUGUUUCCUGACAAGAUUUACAAAUCAGUUCAGGCCAAAGGAGAAGAUGUCACGGGCAUGACUUGUGAAUGUGGCGUCUUUGGUGCUAUUGCCUGUGGCGAAUAUCCCACCCAGCUUGACAUCGCACAGAUGAUUUGCUUGGGCCUGGUGGCUUUGCAGCAUCGUGGCCAGGAGUCGGCGGGCAUAGUAACAAGUUUGGGCAAGAGCUCGAAGAACUUUAGCGUGCACAAAGGCAUGGGCAUGAUCAGCAACAUCUUCAACGACGAAGCGAUACGCAAACUCAAGGGCAACCUGGGCAUUGGUCACACACGCUACUCCACUGCGGCUGCCUCCGAGGUGGUCAACUGCCAGCCCUUUGUGGUGCACACGGCACACGGUGCUCUGGCCAUUGCCCAUAACGGAGAGCUGGUCAACUGCGAAUCGCUGCGUCGCGAAGUCCUCGAACGUGGCGUUGGACUGUCGACGCACAGCGACAGUGAAUUGAUUGCUCAAUCCUUGUGCUGUGCUCCCGAGGAUGUGUCGGAGCAUGAUGGUCCCAAUUGGCCGGCACGCAUUCGUCAUUUUAUGACACUGGCGCCGCUCUCGUAUUCGCUCGUUGUGAUGCACAAGGACAAGAUCUAUGCGGUGCGCGAUUCCUAUGGCAAUCGACCGCUGUGUCUGGGCAAGAUUGUCGCCUACGAUGCGGGGCAUGCGAAUAUACAGGAUCAGGUGGCCGAGGGUUGGGUGGUGAGCAGCGAGAGUUGCGGCUUCCUCUCCAUCGGAGCACGCUACGUGCGAGAAGUGGAGCCGGGAGAGAUCAUCGAGUUGUCCCGCAACGGUUAUCGCACCGUGGACAUUGUGGAGCGUCCCGACUACAAGCGCAUGGCGUUCUGCAUCUUUGAGUACGUCUACUUUGCACGCAGCGAUUCCAUGUUCGAGGGUCAGAUGGUCUACUCGGCGCGUCUGCAAUGCGGUCGCCAGCUGGCUCGGGAGUCGCCUCUGGAUGCGGAUCUUGUGAGUUCGGUGCCGGAAUCGGGCACAGCCGCGGCGCAUGGCUAUGCGCGAGAGUCGGGUCUGCCCUUUGCCGAGGUGCUCUGCAAGAAUCGCUACGUGGGACGCACUUUCAUUCAGCCCUCAAACCAUUUACGCCAGCUAGGCGUGGCCAAGAAGUUUGGCGCUCUGGCGCAAAAUGUCGAAGGCAAGCGAAUCGUGUUGAUCGAUGAUUCCAUUGUGCGUGGCAACACAAUUGGUCCCAUCAUCAAGCUGCUACGCGAUGCGGGAGCCACCGAGGUGCACAUUCGCAUUGCUAGCCCGCCGCUGCAAUAUCCCUGCUACAUGGGCAUCAAUAUUCCCACCCGCGAAGAGCUGAUUGCCAAUAAAUUGAAUGCCGGACAACUGGCGAAUCAUGUGGGAGCCGACAGCUUGGCGUAUCUCAGUGUAGAGGGUCUCGUCACCGCAGUCCAGAUGAACAAGUCUCAUGUGAAUCCUGUCAAGUCAGGCUACUGUACUGCCUGUCUGACUGGCGAGUAUCCUGGCGGACUGCCCGAGGAGCUUAGCUGGUAGAGCUCACAGUGAAGCGAAUCAUCAUAUAAGUCUAAGUUUAGCAACUAACUCAUCAAACGCACUGCGUACAAUUGACAACACAAUUUAUUAUUUGUAUGUGUUAAUUUUAAGCCAAGCAAAUGAACAAUUAAAUUAUCUCAUUAUCUAAGACAGGACGAAAAUUAAUUAAAAAGAAAACUUUGGGGAA